UCACCGGAAAGCAAUCCAGUAGAACAGCGAUGACGACAUUUCCCUUCUGCUAGCUGCUUGCGGGUGCAGAAAACUCAACUACUAAAAAGUUGUGGAAGGAUUUCAGAUAGUCUCAAUUGGAAUAAAGUAAUAACCCCAAAACAGCCAACAUGCCUUCCCCGUCAAGGAGGUUGCAAACGAAGCCAGUUAUAACCUGUCUGAAGACCUUUCUCAUCUCUUACAGCCUCAUAUUUUGGUUCACAGGGGUUAUUCUCCUUGCUGUUGGUGUUUGGGGGAAGGUGAGGCUGGAAGCUUACUUCUCAUUGGUCACAGAACACAGCACCAAUGCACCGUAUGUUCUGAUUGGCACCGGUGCUGUCAUCGUCAUCUUCGGCUUGUUUGGGUGCUUUGCGACGUGUCGGGGCAGCCCAUGGAUGCUCAAGAUGUACUCCAUGUUCCUGGCCCUGGUGUUCCUGGCUGAGCUGGUGGCUGGAAUCUCAGGCUUCCUCUUCAGGCACGAGAUCAAAACAGUAUUAAGUAGUACCUACAAGGAUGCUGUGAAACACUACAACGAGACAGGCCCCAUAAGCAAUGCUGUGGACAACAUUCAGAGAAAUCUGCAUUGCUGCGGAUCAGACAAUUACACUGACUGGGGGAGCACAGAGUACUUUAAAGAGAGGGGCAUUCCGACGAGCUGCUGCAGUGAUUCGCUCACCUGCAAACCCGAAGCACUGAAAGACCUGAGCAAGGCUGAGAAAGUGGUGUAUCACCAGGGCUGUGUCAAACUUGUGACCACUGUCAUGGAAUCCAACCUGGGAAUCAUUGCUGGAAUUAGCUUUGGAAUUGCCUUCUUCCAGGUCAUUGGAAUCUUUUUGGCAUGCUGCCUGUCCCGGUACAUCACAAAUAACCAGUAUGAGAUGGUCUAAUGGCAAACAGACCGAGGGCAUUUUCCAGAUGUCUGAUGCUAUAGUCUCGUGGGAAGUUGCACAAAGGGAAGACUUUUCAGAUUUCAAAUUCUUCAGAUCCUCCUAUAUAUAUAUAUAUAUAUAUAUAUAUAUAUAUAUAUAUA